CUUAAACUGAACUUGACUGUCAGCCUUGUGCUACCAGCUACCAUAUGCACCAAUGCGUUCUAUCGUGACCAUAUUUGUCAGUUUUUGAGCGUGAGCGGUUGUUUUCUACUUCUUCGUUUGUUCAAAGUCAUUCACUGGUCCUUGUUUUCGUUCCUUUUCUUCAUAGUUAGCAUUUUUCGAUCCUCCUCAAAUUCUCCCUCUUUUGUCAUCAUUCUUUCAUUUCUUAGGCCCAAACAUUGUUUGAGGAUAUUCUUCUUUUUAAUUACGGAUAGAUCUGUUCAGUAUUCUUCGUAUUUUGCAUCUGUUGUAUCCCUCUUACCCACUGAUCAUUCAUCCGGACAUUUUGUAUUAGCAUCAUAAUACCAAACAUAGUCAAGGUUGUUCAUGGAUAAAGUGCCUCCUUCGACUUCGUCUAUUUCCCCUGCUUCAAAUUCAUCUACUCAGAAAACGCAUCGGGAAACAAACGCACCUGCUGGCAAGCGGGACUCAACGUCUCAGAGAAGAAGCGGUCGCGUGUCAAAGAACCACGAACCUCAGAGUAUUAAGGAAACGAGUGUACAAGUUGUGAUUCGGACGCGUGCCAGAAAUGAACGCGAAAUUAAGGAAAACGGAACCAUUGCCAUUUCCACAUUCGGUGCUAAGGGGAACGAAAUUCUCGCCCACACUGGUCCUCUUCUUAGCAAUGUCGGUAAUAAAACAUACACUUUCGACCGUGUCUAUGGUCCUGAGGCCGAUCAGGCCAUGGUAUUUGAAGACACGGUAAUCCCAAUGUUGGAUCAGGUUCUUAAUGGUUUCAACUGUACUAUAUUUGCCUAUGGUCAAACUGGUACGGGCAAGACUUAUACUAUGACCGGAGACAUUUCGUUUAAGGACAAACACUUGUCGCAUAAUGCAGGUAUCAUCCCACGCAGUUUGGCCUAUCUUUAUGAACAACUUGAAACUCAUGUGAAGGAGUUUACUGUGAAAUGUUCUUUUAUCGAACUCUACAAUGAAGAAUUACGAGACCUUUUGUCCUUCGAGGAAGAUAAAAAGAAUAUUAAACUUUAUGAGGAUUCGUCAAACAAGGGUUCUGUUGUUAUUAACGGGAUGGAGGAGGUUAUUGUCAGAAAUGCAGCCGCAGGCAUCGAUUUGUUACAUGCUGGUAGCGUACGUCGGCAGGUUGCAGCCACCAAAAUUAAUGAUCUUUCUUCGCGUAGUCAUUCUAUUUUCAUGAUUACCAUACAUAUGAAAUUAGAAGGGUUGACGGGCGAGCCACUUAUCAAGGUUGGCAAGCUCAAUCUUGUCGACCUUGCCGGUAGCGAAAACGUUGGAAAAUCGGGAGCUGAAAACAUGCGUGCUCGUGAGGCAGGCAUGAUUAAUCAGUCGCUUCUCACUUUAGGAAGGGUUAUCAUUGCACUUGUUGAACGAAAUCAGCAUAUUCCAUAUCGAGAAAGUAAACUUACGCGUUUACUUCAAGACUCACUCGGCGGAAAAACAAAAACGUGCAUCAUUGCGACUGUCUCUCCUUCUCGGUCCUGUCUCGACGAGACGUUAUCUACUCUGGAGUAUGCUAAUCGUGCCAAAAAUAUAAAAAAUAAGUCUCAAUGCAAUGUGCUUCUCAGUCCCAAAAUGCUAAUCAAGGAUUAUGUCACGGAAAUUGAAAGGCUGCGGAACGAUCUUGCAGCUUCUCGACAAAAGAACGGUAUCUUCAUGGCGGAAGAAACGUACAAAUCCAUAACAGCAGAAAAUAGCAGUCUCAAAUUGCUUGUUGAUGAGCAAAAUCGAAAAAUUGUUUCAUUAAACGAGUGUUUAUGUGAGACUCGUUUACAGAACGUUGAACUCACAAGAUCAUCUCAGACUAUGAAAACAAAUUGCGAAUCCAUGCAAGCAGAGUUGACUGAGAUGAACGAGAAGAAUUCACAGUUGGUUGCUGACUUAAUGUCUGUUGAAGAUGAACAUAAGCAGUUGCAGACUAAAGUUGAAGAACUACAAAAUGAAAACGACCGGCUUCGCGCACAACUUUCACAAAGCAAACAGGCAUACGAAGCAAGUUUAAAGGAUGUUAGCUUUUUGCAAAGUAGCAUCUCUCAGCAACAGCAGCUUUUGGAGCAGAUGCGCAAACAGUUUGAAAGCCACAAAAAAGAUCUGAUCGUUCACGCUAAUGUUCUUGAUGAUGAAUUUAAAAAGCAGCAGUCCCAUGCUGCCCAAAGGGUGAAAUCACAUAAGCAGGAAUUAACUGAAUGGAAGAAUUCUUUUAUAGAGUUGUUCGAUUCUGUCUUUCAUUCGUUUCUCGACAUGCUUCGUUCUGUCGAUCAUUCCAUAAAGAAAUCAUACCCCGCCCUACAUGUGAACUACGAAAUUGUACAAACAACGCUGGAACGAUCACAAACACAGCUAGAGGGCUAUUGGACUGCCGGCAGCACUAUGUUUGCUCAGCUCGAAUCGUUACUGGGGAACAUUCUCACAGGUGUUAAUGAAGGCCACGAUCAAUUGUCUACGUUAAUAAAGUCGAGUUUUGAAUCUUGUCGGUCAUCUUUGGAAACGCAACUUGAACUCUCAAAGCAACUUCAUAAGCAGCACAGUCUGUAUACCGAGCAAGCUAAGAGUCAUAUAAAAAAGUACGGAAAGCAUUUUAACAAUUUCUCGACGAAUAUCAACGCUGCUGUUUUAAGAUUUGGGCAGGAUUCAACUACACAAAUUCAGCGUGAACAAGAAGAGUUAAAAAGUAGCAUUGUAACCGCUGUUGAGAAUGUGUUUUCUAAUUUGAUGAAGCUUCCGUCUUCGUUAACGGCCAGUAUUUCUUCUACUACCCAAAAUUCGCAACAGCAAUUUGAAACUCUUCAAGCUGAAUUUCAACAGAUGAACGUGUCAAAUGAGCAGCAUUAUGAUUCGCUCUCGGAAAAUCAUAAUCAAUUGCAGAGAGAUACUGUUGAAAGGUUACAGGAUCACCAAAACGCAUCACUGCAGCAACUAUCGACUAUAUCUAGCCAAAUUUGUAAAGCUACGAAUGAGGCAAACGGGUUCUCUUCUGAAAUGUUACUUCAUCAAACGGAAAAUAUAAAGGCUAUUCAGUCUUCUCUAAGCGGUGCCCGAGAGGGCAGCAGUUCCUAUGAUGAAAUUACAAAACAGUUAUUUGAUAAGCUCUACAAGGAAACUACAGAUAUCGCGCAUCUUCAACAUGAAGCCGAUCGUGUAGGAGAUAGCGUUGCGAAAGUUGAUUUCUUAGGUCAACAUCAUAUGGACGACUGGGUGGAGCAUGAUCAAAAAGCACAAUUACGGUUCCAAGACCUACUUGAGCAUUACAAACAACGUCUACGUGAAGCAUCUCUUCCAACUUCUGAUUCUAGCGAUACGACGUGCUAUACAACAUCGCAGAAACGGCAUCGGACAUUCUCAGAAGUUAUUCUGUCACCACGCAAAGUUGAUAACCCCCAAAAAGAUGCGGCUCGCGUGCGAGUUUCAUGUCCUCCUAUGAAGGACAUACUUGUUAACUCGAACACCGAACAGCCACGUCUCCCUUCUACUUUUAAACAGCAACCUCCCGCUUACCCACCCGCCCAAUAUCGUCACAGUACGGCGUAAAAUCUAUGUUUUGAGAUACCCUUUUAUGAUUUGUGUAUAUUUUUAAUAGCCAUUUGUUUUUUUACUUGUGACCAGUUAAAAUCAAAUAAGAAUUAGGGAUACCCAAGAACCACGUUGUGCCAAAGAGGGGCUCUUGAUCGUUACCAGCAUAUAA